AUGAAGUCUGAAAGCUCUGAGAAUAUCUAUCAAGCAGAGAAAGUUGUAGAAGUUGGUGUACUUAAAAAAGUCGAAAUAAAAGUAACAAUAAAUACUUCAGAGAGCAUCACUUGCCUUUGGGUUUUUAAGCAGGGUCGGACAGCAUGUAGCUCUUCUCUUGAGUCGGAGAACCGGCAUGUUAUUUCAGUGACAUUUCCAAAGAUCAGAGAGAGACAGGCUGGAGAGCACAUGCUGUUAAUUAGAACUGAAACAUGUAACUACACGGUAACAUUUACAUUUGUUGUAAGAAGCGGUCCAAGAAAGCCCUACUUUAUAAAAAAUGAGGAUUCAAAAACUGUCAGCUGCAUUUCUGAAGGUGUCCCUCAGCCAGUUAUUGAAUGGCGCUUUUGCAGUGCUCUUGAUGAAAGGUGCAGUAAAGGAAAUGAGCACAAAACAUACGAAACACAACUUCACUUAAGGGAAAAUGAGUGGCUGUUUCAUCCACAUGUGUGGUGCUGUGCAACUAAUGAGCUGAACACUGUUUGCACUGAAAUCCACACAAUAGAGUUACAAGCAACAGAAGAAAGCCUUUUACAGGAAUUCUUUCUUAAAGUUGGUGAUCCACUUUUCUUAAGAUGCCGUGCUGUUUCUCCAAACAGUGCUUCGUUUGUAGUCACAUGGGAGUUUGAAAACAAGCCAUUAAACAAGAACCUGACUAUUAAUGGAAUGCACCGUAAGAACGAGUGUCGGAUUAAAACUCAGUAUGCGUUUGCAUCAUCAGUGGGACAGUACAGUCAUGGAAAUUAUACCUGCUCAUCCACAAAACAUGCAAAUGGAACUGCUUUAGUUAAAGUUUUAGAUAAGGGGUUUAUCAAUGUCAUGGAUUCACAGGCGGUAUUCAAGGUUGGCUUGGAGGAAGAUAUUUGCCUUGAAGUCAAACUUAAAGCCUAUCCACCAAUCAGAUGCCUUUGGAUGUUUUCCCAAAAGUCAUUUACUUGUAAUCAAACUUAUACGGAUCUUUACAGCAUCUCUGCAACCCUCUGUGAUCAUAAAUACCAGCCAGGAGAAUAUGUUUUCUAUGCAGAAAAUGAUGAUGAGCGUGUGGAGAGAACAUUAAAACUAUAUGUGAAAAAGAAACCUGAAGUAUCAUCGGUCUCGCUGCCAAAUCAAGUGUCCUGCACUACAGAGAGCUUCCCUGCAGCAUUUUGGGUUUGGAGGAUGUAUUCUGAUCCUGAAGACGAUGAAAACUAUACACAAGUCACAGAUGGAAUUUCAGAUGACAAACGUGAAGGAAAAACCUUUGGUUCUUGGAUCACCAACAGCAUUUUACAUACAACGGAGGCGCAAAAAGGAUUUGUAAUUGAGUGUUGUGCAAACAAUACCAUCGGUUUUUCCUGCAAAAAAACCACCCUGAAAACCAAAGGUAUUGUCUUUGCCAUGCUGAGUCAUAUUGCUUUAUAUGCAACGAUUGGAUUCUUUAUUUCAUUCAUUGCAGUGAUGCUCCUAUUCAUUUCCUUCUGCUACAAAAAGCGAUUUAGAUACAUGAGUCAGAUGCAGAUUAUACAGAUGGUUGGCCCAUCUGAUAAUGAAUACAUCUACGUUGAUUUCAGUGAGAUGGAAUAUGAACUCAAGUGGGAAUUUCCACGAGAAAAUCUGGAAUUUGGGCAAAUUCUUGGUUCUGGUGCCUUUGGGAAAGUGGUGAAUGCUACAGCCUAUGGAAUUAGUGAGGCAGGAGUAUCAGUCCAAGUUGCUGUCAAAAUGCUGAAGGAAAAAUACAGCUCUUCCGAAAAAGAUGCUCUAAUGUCAGAACUCAAAAUGAUGACUCACAUUGGAAGUCAUGAAAACAUUGUGAAUCUACUAGGAGCAUGUACCACGUCAGGGCCAAUUUACUUAAUUUUUGAAUACUGUUGCUACGGAGAUCUUAUGAACUAUUUACGAAGCAAGAGGGAAAGAUUUCACAAGACGUUGACCGAUAUCUUCAAACAGCAUAACUUCAGCUUUUAUCACAAUUUCCUAGACCAUCCGAGAAAUAUAAAUACAUUAAAAAAUGAGUCAUAUGCACUACUGGAGAGAAUGGAUGACUUCGGAAACCUGCAUGUUCAAGACUUGGAUUUGGCCUCUAAACCAUCUGACAUUUCCCUACUUUCUGGAGAGAUGUUUGCAGAAGACAUUAAAUAUGUGAACAGGAGACUGGAGGUUGAAGAGGAUCUCGAUAUAUUGACUUUUGACGACCUACUUUACUUCUCCUAUCAAGUUGCUAAAGGAAUGGAGUUUUUGGAAUCCAAAUCAUGUGUUCACAGAGAUCUCGCCGCCAGGAACAUAUUAGUUACUCAUGGGAAAGUGGCAAAAAUCUGUGACUUCGGACUUGCAAGGGAUAUUGUGAAUGACUCCAAUUAUAUUGUCAGAGGCAAUGCUCGCUUACCUGUCAAAUGGAUGUCACCUGAAAGCUUAUUUGAAGGGAUAUACACAAUUAAGAGUGAUGUUUGGUCUUAUGGAAUCUUACUGUGGGAAAUAUUCUCCCUUGGUGUGAAUCCCUAUCCUGGAAUGCAAGUUGACACGAACUUCUAUAAGCUUAUUAAAAACGGAUUUAAAAUGGAUUGUCCAUUUUAUGCUACAGAAGAAAUAUAUUUCAUACUGUGUGCCUGCUGGGCUUUGGACUCCAGAAAGAGGCCAUCCUUUUCGCAGCUGCUUUCCCUUCUGGCGUGCCAGCUGGCCGUUGCAGAAGCAGCAAAACAGAAGUGUUGAGAUUGUUUUAUACUUGACUGCCUG